UUGUUUCUUUCUCUUACAGGUACACCUGUCAACAGAAUACCAAUUAUGGCAAAGCAAACGUUGGAUCUAUACGAAUUAUUUCGAUUGGUUGUAUCAAAAGGAGGGCUCGUUGAAGUUAUAAACAAAAAAUUAUGGAGAGAGAUUACAAAAGGGUUAAAUUUGCCUUCGUCCAUAACAAGUGCAGCGUUCACAUUGAGAACACAAUACAUGAAAUACCUCUACCCAUACGAAUGCGAGAAAUUAAAACUCAGCUCCCCACAGGAAUUGCAGGCAGCCAUUGAUGGUAACCGAAGGGAGGGUCGAAGACCGAGCUACGGUUACGAUUUAUCUCCUGGACCAACCCUUAUCCCUAACCCACAUCAUCAUUUAAACGGAAACAUCUUAAACGGAAAACUAGGAGCAACAUCACCAGGCGCAGCUAGCAUUUCUUCAAUGAAAUCAGAAUGGUUGGCAGCAUAUUCUUCAAUAUUUCCAACAGAAGCCAGAAAGAAAACUGGGCUAGAGAGUUCACAAAAUGGGGUGACACCGGCUGAUUACGUUUGGUGGGGUAGCAGAAGAAUUUGCUUCAAGCCGGAUUCCGAUGAUGACAGUAUGCCAUCAACACCAUUGCAGUCACGUAGUCUAUCAGAAAGGGAUGCACUGGCAAUGGAAGCUGCAUCUAGAGCGAUGGAAGAAGCGACCCGAAAAAUGGAAGCUGCUUCACGAGCUGCUGUCGAAGAAAGCCCUCCAAGGAAACGUCUUGCAAUGUCAGAAGAGGAACGACUACUGGUUCACGCCGGAAUGCCGAGUGCUCACAUUAAAAUUACAAGUAGGAAUGACGGUCGGUCGGAGAUUGACAAUUCACUAGUGGUCAGUAUGGAGAUCAACGGUAUCAUGUACCAGGGCGUCUUGUUUGCUCAACAGCCACGACGGAUUUAGCCCAAGACUACGUCUGUAAUAUCACCCUCCGCGGCUCAGGAUCAAUCAAUAAAAACAGUUAUAAAAGACACAUCACAAUUGUAAUAAGCAGCAACAAAAGCAAGACAACAAUAAACAUAAAGAACAGUAACAACAAAAAUAAAAACUAAAACUAUAAAAGUAAAGAACUGAAAAUAAUACAACAAAAAAAAACAACAAAGGAAAGCAAAAGAACUACCUAGUUGUUUUUCACACAUUUGCACUUCGUCAGACUCGACUCUCAUUCAGAGACUUGGUGCUGCAAUUUGAGCUACAGCGCCUGCUAUGUUGUUGCUAGUGUUAUCUCAUACACACAUAUACCAUGUGCACACAGACACAUAUAUACAUAAACAGACACUGACACAUACACAUAUCAAAAUAUAUAAAAGCAACGGCGCAUAUGUCGAAAUUUGUGAACGAUAAUAAAGGAUGUGACAAUGAAACGCAAAAAAAAAAAAUCCAAAACAAAAAGACAACCAAAAUAAUAAAGAAACCAAACGAACAUACAAACUGAGGCGAUGACAAUGAUUAUUAUUAUUAUUAUUAUUAUUAUUAUUAUUAUUAUUAUUAUUAUUAUUAUUAUUAUUAUUAUUAUUCAUGAUUUGAGAUAUUCAUCAGAAAUUUCCAUACGUAAAAACAAGGAUUAAUAUACGUCUUGGACAAAAGGAAAAGAUGAUAAAAAAAGAAACAAUAAAAACAUUGCAUAGAAGUGUUUGAAGGUCAUCAAAGAUGUUCCUCGAUUAAAUUCAUUACAGUUAUUAAUUAUUUUGACGGGUUCCAGUGGCAGAGGCGGUGUAAAGAGAGAAGCUGAAUAAAAUGCCUUGUGGUAUUUAAUGUCUUCCCUUUACGUUCUCUGUCCAAAUCCCUCAAAGUCGACUUGGCUUCUCAUUUUUCUGGGAGGCUUCGAUAAAAAAAAUAUUGCAACAGUUAAAUACUGGGUCGACUUAUUUACCAUCAUCCCACCCCAAAUUUGUGGCUUUGUGCCUAAGUUAGAAACCAUGAUCAUCAUUAUUGCUUUUAUUAUUAUUAUUAUUAUUAUUAUUAUUAUUAUUAUUAUUAUUAUUAUUAUUAUUAUUAUUACAAUGACAGUAGAAACAAUAACAAUUUCAAUUAUGUGAA